GCUCCUUCCCCGCUAGUUUCCCCUCGCACAGCCCCGGGGAAGGGGUGAUGGAAGAGGAAGAACUUCCCUUUGUCGUAGGAGAGGAUUGAGUGACCUCCAAAGUUUUGUUCCGGGAGGAAACUACUCGAAUAAGUUUGGUGCCUGGACGGGGAGCGUGCUGGCCGGGCCGGGGGCUGUCAUGGUGCUGGCCCCCGCAGCAGGCAGAUAGCAGAGAUGGUGGCCUGAGGGCGCCGGCCCCGCGCGCAGACAUGGCCUUCGCCCAGUCCCACAUCAUGGCAGCCAGGAGGCACCAGCACAGCCGGCUCAUCAUCGAGGUGGAUGAGUACAGCUCCAACCCCACGCAGGCUUUCACCUUCUACAACAUUAACCAGGGACGCUUCCAGCCCCCGCAUGUGCAAAUGGUUGAUCCGGUGCCCCAUGAUGCUCCGAAGCCUCCAGGAUAUACACGAUUUGUCUGUAUUUCUGAUACUCACUCAAGAACUGAUCCCAUCCAAAUGCCAUAUGGAGAUGUGUUAAUACAUGCUGGUGAUUUUACUGAGCUGGGACUUCCUAGUGAAGUAAAAAAAUUCAACGAAUGGCUAGGUAGCCUGCCCUAUGAAUACAAGAUUGUGAUAGCAGGAAAUCAUGAAUUGACCUUUGACCAGGAAUUCAUGGCUGACUUAAUCAAGCAGGACUUUUACUAUUUCCCCUCUGUUUCUAAGCUGAAGCCAGAGAGCUAUGAAAAUGUACAGUCUCUUCUAACAAACUGCAUCUAUCUUCAAGACUCUGAAGUGACGGUGAGGGGAUUCAGAAUAUAUGGCUCCCCUUGGCAACCUUGGUUUUAUGGCUGGGGCUUUAAUCUUCCACGAGGCCAAGCACUAUUAGAGAAAUGGAACCUUAUUCCAGAUGGAAUAGAUAUUCUUAUAACACAUGGACCACCUCUCGGUUUUCUAGACUGGGUCCCUAAGAAAAUGCAACGAGUAGGAUGUGUUGAGCUGCUGAACACAGUCCAGAGACGAAUACAGCCAAGGCUUCAUGUUUUUGGACACAUCCAUGAAGGUUAUGGUGUCAUGGCUGAUGGAACUACCACCUAUGUGAAUGCAUCUGUGUGCACUGUGAAUUACCAGCCACUUAAUCCGCCUAUAGUUAUUGACUUACCUACUCCAAGGAACACAUGAUUAUAAUGAGGAUUUAAAGUUGUACCCAACACAUAAGCAACUUUAUAUUGCUGGCUGAGAAUCCCAAUAGGGAACCAUUCAACAAAAAAAGCAAAAUCCUUCUUUUUUUCCCUGCUAGCUCUUCACAGAUAAAUUUAGAGUAACAAAAGUGGACAAGGAACAAAGACAUUUUCGUGCCAGAAACAGAUUAAAGACUAACAUUUCACCAUUAAAAUAUUUGUGAACACAGAAAAGUGAGUGCAUUCCACAGAUAUAUAUAUAUAUAGAUAUAUAUAUCUAUAUAUAUAUCUCUAGUAGGGGCUUUUGUACAUACCAUAUACUGGACUUAUUAAAAGAACAAUGUCUUUCAAAGGAGUGUUUCUUUAAGAAAAUUUGCAGUUUAAACGUAAGUGUUUAGACUAGGACUUCCUCAUUUCAGAUGUUUUUCAGUGAACUCUUAUUAAAAUAAAAAUGAUGGUAAAGAUGUUUUCCCAUAAUCAACAUGGCAAAUAUAAAAGAUGGUGCACAAAUGACAGUCACAGGAAGAAAGCUAUUUCUCCAAGUCCUCCAGGUCUAAGUCUUUGCAUUUAUUCAAAACCAAUGCAAUACAGGCCCUAAUUCACUGUACUGAAAUGAAGUUUUACUACAUCUGGCAUUACAGAUGGCAAGGGAAAUGGUGCAUAUUGCCAGCAUGCUGUAAACAGCUCAACAUUCAAGAAGGGAGACUGUGUUAAGUGCAGUAUAAACUCAGGAAUUUGUAACCUGGCCUCGCCUGUUUAAAAAAAAAAAGGAUGACAUUUCCCUUAAAAAAAAAAAAAAAGAAAAAAUAUUACUGUGUUUUUGUAAAGCGAUAUGUUAUUGUAUUUAAGGAAAAAAAGAAAGAAAAAGAACCUGCAAAGAGCCCACCCAAUGAGUAGUAAUGGUAUUUUAAACAAAACCCACUGGGACUACUGGUUUAAAAACUGCUAAUGGGACAUGCAGCCAAUGAUGAGAUUACUGGUUUGAAUUUGGCCCUGGUCAGGAGUGGUUAAAAGUCAUUGUGAUCAUUUUGUCCUUGGGAAACAUGGAUGUCAAGGGGAAGGCAUCAACCCAAGGUGUAGUUCAGGCACUCGCUUUUGGGUGGCUGUGAGUGGUGGGUACACACCCAAGUGUGCAGAGCAGAGGUCACCUCAGGGGACCUGGUACUGCUGUUUGCCCACUCAUGGACACUGCUGAGAGUGGCCCAGCACAAACCCAGUAGAAACCCAUCUGUUGUGUUGCUUUUGGUACCAGGCAAAGCAGGGGAUGUGUCAGGAGCUGGUUGGGAUGGUCCACAGCCACAGCACUGCCUGUGCAGCUCUCCUGCAGUGCUAGUAGAGGUAUUGAAGCUGCUGGGAUUUCAGUCCUGUCCUAGGCAGAAGCUUAAGAAUUGAUUACAAAGCCACCAAAAAAACCCCAGGGCUUCAGACAUGUCCUGCAAGAAAUAGAUUUAUGCCUUGAACUAACAAACAGGUCCUUUUGACUCGAUGGAGAUAAUUUAACUGCUGUAUUCUGAAUGUGGGCAUCCUGAAUUUGGGGCUGACAGCAUCUAGACAUUAACCUUGUUCACACACAUUGGGCACACCACAGCACUGCCAGCUCAGAGCUGGUUGCAGGUCUGUGCAUAGCCCACACCUGCACACAUGCAUUGGAGAAUUGUGUGUGUUACAUGGAUGUAAAUGUGAGUUUUUUGUAGCAGCUGCAUGUACAUUAUACAAAUAAACAAUUUAAAAUACCCGUGUUGCAAAACCAGGCCAUGUGAACUUCGACUCAGAGCAAGGCGGGCAGUCUGCCAUUAAUUAAGAUGGGGCAAUUUUUGUCAGUGCUACUGGUGUAGAAAUUUCAGGAUCAGCUCCUCAAUCAGUAAGAACUGAAAUUCAUAGUUGAAUAUGAACUCCUGCCAUCAUUGGGAAGAUGAACAAUAGCAUGUAGUUAGAAUAAAAGUGGCUUGUCUAGUCACAAUUCAAGUGGUUUGCAACAAAUGUGGCAGGAAAUUGGCUGUAUGUUGAAGUCUGAAAUGUUUACAUUCACUCACGGCACUUAAAUGUUAAAGUGAAGGGAAGAGGUCCUUUUAUUAGCCUCAGCAAAAUUUCUAUGUCAACCAUAAAAUAUUCUCUUAAAAAUAAUUUUUCCUAAGGUAUCUUCCAAAUACUGUGUAUUUUUAUGUGGAAAGGAUAUGAAAGCAACUGUUACUUCAGAAUAUCAUUUAAAGUACUUGAGGUAUGAAAGCUUAAAGAUUAUUUAAUCAUUUUGGCAUAACUUGAGUGUUGUAAUUUUUGGUCAAGCAUGUUAGAUGAAUAAAGUCUUAAAAAAAAAAAAAA